AUGAUUUUUUAUACGCAUAUAUUUUAUAAAAGGUCUCUUUGAUGUGCGUGUGUGUAUACAUGUGUGUGUGAAUACGUGUUUUAGAUAGUAGGAUAUAGUUACAAAUUGCGGCGAUCGAAAUCUAUAGAAUGUUUAUAUGAAAGAUUGUAGAAUAAGUUAGAAUAAAUCAGUUUGUUGUUAUAUAUGCAAAAACUAAAAGUAACAAAUAAAGUAUCAAUAUCACUAUAAAGACAUUUGCAAAGAUCAACAAUGCGUGUAUAUGCAAUUGCUCUAUACAAACGUUGUCGGCUAAUAAAAAUUCUUAAUAAUUAUUUAUUAUGUAAUGUGAGAAGGGACCUGGUCGAGGAUCUUAACAAGGAUCAAAAGAAUCGGAGCGUGCGUCUGGAGAUCCGGAUGCAGGAACGACGCGCGUGCGACAGUAGGGUUCACGUAAGGGAGAAAUUUCGAGAUUCUGUCGACGCGCAGAUUCUGGGAGACGUGCGAGCUUGUUGCGAGAACGUGGCGGAAAUUUGCCUGGAUAUACGGACGAUCAGAAACAAGAUGAUUUUGAAAGGGAAAUUAUCGGCCAGCACACACAGGAUGGCAAAUCGUUUUAUGAUGCCGUAUAAUACCGAACUCCCCAACAGGGUGCAUGGAGUAAGCGAGCCCGGAAAUCAAAUGCGCGAUUCCUUAUUGUUCUUCCGGAUAACUAAGUUGUCCGAUACUAAAUGUGGUACAAAAAUCUCAUCAACAAGCGUUUGCAAAACGCUUACAAAGGUCGAAAAGAGAGAGGAACAAUACGUGGUAUCCACCAAAUGAAGACUGGAUUAUGUGCAAUGUUUGCAAAUUAUGGACACAUGAAAAUUGUUGCGGAGAUGAAAGCACUUCUAAAUAAGGCUAUAUGUUUGCGAUUUUUGUCAAAAGCAGUCUUAGUUUAUAUUUUUCCCACAUGUUUGUAAUUACUUCAGCUAUUAUUUAUAUAGUGAUGCUCGAAAUUACUAAUAAUUAGUAGAAAAUUCCUUGUCCUAAGAUAUAAGAAAUGAUAAUAUUGCAAGAAAAAUGGACAUAGUCAUCAUUAUUAUUUCUUUGCUAGAAUGACGCACAGAGUUAUAAAAAUUUG